AUGGUGAGAAAUUAUAAAAAAAAAAAAACAAGUAGAGGGGAUUGGUCAGAAGAAAGUAUGAAAGAUGCUGUGAAAAAUGUGGUUGAAGGAAAAAUUGGCUACAAGCUUGCAGCAAAAUCAUUUUCUGUCCCACAAACAACUUUAGAAAGAAAAGUGAAGCUUGUGCGAGAAAGUUUAGAUAAGAAUGAUCCAAUGACUGUUAAAUUUAAGGUACCGUUAGGCCCAAAAGAGAAAGUUUUUACUGAUAAUGAAGAGGAAGAGCUAUGUAAAUACUUAAUAGAUAUGGAGAGUAGGCUUUAUGGAUUGACAAUGAAAGACUUAAGAGGUUUAGUCUAUAGACUAGCGGUAAAAAAUAACAAACGUCAUCCGUUUAACAAUGAAAAAGAAGAAGCCGGGAAAGACUGGGCAUUAGGAUUUUUAAAAAGGCACCCAGAACUGUCUAUUAGACAGCCUGAAAGUACCUCAUCCGCACGUGCUGCUGGUUUCAAUAAACAGGUGGUAGACCAGUUUUUCAAUUUUUUGGGCAAUGUUUACGAUGAACAUCAUCUAACACCUGAUCGUAUAUACAACUGCGAUGAAACUGGUAUUUCAGUUGUGCCCAAAACCAAAUCAAAAAUUAUCGCAAGAAAGGGCAGAAAGCAAGUGGGAGCCAUAACAUCUGCUGAACGAGGUACGACCAUUACAGUAGAAAUCUGUUUUAGUGCUAGUGGUAAUUUUAUGCCACCCAUGAUGGUAUAUCCUAGAAAAAGAAUGGAUCCGCAACUUAUGAUUAAUGCUGCCCCCGGAGCUUGGGGAGUUUGCAGUGAUUCGGGCUGGAUGACUUCAGAACUUUUCCUACAUUGGUUUAAAAAGUUCGUCAAAUUUAGCGGAGCAACACCUGAGCAUUCUGUUUUGUUAUUAUUGGAUGGACAUAGUACUCAUACGAAGAACAUUGAUCUCAUAAAUGAAGCACGCACUCACGGCGUUAUCAUUUUAUGUUUCCCACCACAUACAACUCACCGUCUUCAGGUUGCAGACGUUGCUUACAUGAGACCGUUAAGUACCUACUACGAUCAUCAAAUCAUGGCGUGGCUUCGCAGCAACCCAGGGAUGACUGUCACUGUCCGACAAGUAGCUGAAAUUUUUGGAAAGGCGUUCAUACAAGCGUCUACGAUGUCAACAGCUGUCAAUGGUUUUAAGAAAUGUGGGAUUUGGCCAUAUGAUCCAACAGUAUUCUCUGAGACCGACUUUGCUCCAUCUUUGAUGACAGAUAUUCAGCUUAAUGUAUCCGACGCACCUGCAAGCGAUAAUAGUUCGUUGAUAAUGGAAUCGUCAUCCACAGAACCAGCAACAAAUAAUCAGAAUGCGCCAAUUAUAUCUGAAGCCAUUUCUGUUGCGGCAACUUUGACGGAUGCAGCAGUGACGCCAGUAACAGUGGAAACAGAAACAUUGUCGAGACUUGAUACUGCCGCUAGUAUUUCUGCGAGUACGUCACUAUCAACUAAUCUGGUUAAUCUGGAAAGACCACGAACUCCGCAGCAAUCAAUAUUUGGUGUCGUAAGUCCGCAGCAAAUAAUGCCCUUUCCAGCAACUACAAAAACAUCUCGCUCAACUAGAAAACGAGGAAAAACCGCGUUGAUCACAUCUUCGCCGUAUAAGAAUGAGUUAGAAGAAACGAUUAAGAAAAAGGAACAAGCGGAAGAGGAUAAACAGAGAAAAAAAGGGUUGAGGGAACUUAAAAAAUCUGAAAAAGACCCGGCAACUAAGAAGAAAAGAGUAACAAAGAAGAAACAAGGGGCUAAGAAUAGAUCAUUAAACGAGAAUAGUGACAGCGAUAUUGAAAAUACACCUUGUUUGUAUUGUAAAGGCCUAUAUUUGGACUCAAAUGAAGGCUGGGCUGCUUGUUCAGCAUGCGGCAAAUGGGCUCACUGCAGCUGUGCAGGUGUGGACGACGAAGAUGCAGAUACCGUGUUCACUUGUGAACAUUGUGAACAGUCCUAA